GCACGGAACACUCCAGGUGGGCCCAUAUCUUCCUCGUCUAUUGCUCUUCUCCUUUGAUUCUAUCUAAAGGAUUAGGAGACAACGGUUGAGAAACCCGGGGUCUAUAAUGCUGUUGCUACAAAGAGUUGCUGUCUCUGGUCUUCGAGUUUCCAGGUUUGACAGUUAUGCCAGGUUCGUUGUCCCAAAACUGUAUCCCCACGUCUUCUUUACCAGCAAUUCCUCUCAUCUCCAAAGGCGCACACCUCACUUUUCUAAUGGCAGCACUCCUUCUGGAUACUGGGCAGCUGCAGGGGCUCUCCUGGGCGUUGGGGCUGUACUAGCCUAUGGAAACCACAGAGAAAAGGCUGCCGAGGAAUCACUACCUAUGUACACAAAGGCAGAAGUGAGCUAUCAUCGAAGCCUUGAGAAGCGGGUUUGGGUAACCCUGGGCAAUGAGGUCUUUGACGUCACUGAUUUUGUGGCCAUACACCCAGGUGGACCAUCUAAAUUAAUGCUUGCUGCAGGGGGACCGCUAGAGCCUUUCUGGGCUCUCUAUGCAGUACAUAACCAGCCACAUGUUCGUGAACUCCUAGCCCAAUAUAAGAUUGGGGAGCUAAGCCCUGAUGAGGAAAAAUCUUCUGAUCUAGUUUCCACUGACCCUUUUGCCAAUGAUCCCCCAAGACACCCUGCUCUCCAGAUCAACAGCCAGAAGCCUUUUAAUGCAGAACCACCCCUUGAGCUCUUGGGUGAGAGCUAUAUCACACCCAAUCCUCUCUUUUUCACCCGAAAUCACCUGCCAGUACCCACCCUAGACCCUACCACAUAUCAGCUGCAAGUGGAAGGGCCCCCAGGAGGUCAGACAUUGAAACUGUCACUAGAUGACCUCCGUCGCUUCCCCAAGCACCAGGUAACAGUCACCCUGCAGUGUGCUGGUAAUCGGCGCAGUGAGAUGGCCCAAAUUAAGUCUGUAAAAGGAUUAAACUGGGGAGCAGGAGCUAUCAGCACAGCCCAAUGGGGUGGUGCUCGGCUCCGAGAUGUUCUGAUUCAAGCUGGUCAUUCACCCUAUGGUCCUGAAGCCCAUGUAUGCUUUGAAGGGCUGGACUUUGAUCCCACAGGGACAGCCUAUGGAGCCUCCAUCCCCCUGGCUCGGGCCAUGGACCCUGAAAGUGAUGUGCUGCUGGCCUAUGAGAUGAAUGGGCAGCCAUUGCCCCCUGACCAUGGUUUCCCAGUAAGGGUGGUGGUGCCUGGUGUUGUGGGUGCCCGCCAUGUCAAGUGGCUGGGGAAAGUGAGUAUCAGUUCUGAGGAAAGCCCUAGUCAUUGGCAACGUCGUGAUUACAAAGGCUUCAGUCCCUCGGUAGAUUGGGACACAGUGGACUUUGACUCUGCUCCAGCCAUUCAGGAACUCCCUGUCCAGUCAGUCAUUACAGAGCCCAGGGAAGGGCAAACAAUAGAGCCAGGGGAGGUAACUGUGAAGGGCUAUGCUUGGAGUGGAGGAGGCAGGGCCAUAAUCAGGGUAGAUGUAUCUCUGGAUGGUGGGCUGACCUGGCAAGUGGCAACUCUGGAGGGGGAGGCACAGGCACCAAGGAGAGCUUGGGCAUGGCGGCUGUGGCACCUGACAGCAUCAGUGCCUCCUGGGAAGAAGGGACUGAACAUUAUAUGCAAGGCUGUAGAUGAUGGAUACAAUGUACAACCCGACACUGUGGCCCCUAUCUGGAAUCUUCGAGGUGUGCUCAGUAAUGCCUGGCACCGUGUCCAUGUUCAGGUAGUCCCAUAAAAACAAUUACUGCAGCCUUGAUACACUAUAAAUCACCCUUCUCAACCUCUUAAUUUUCCUAACUAUUUCUUGAAUUCUUCCCUUUUCAAUAGAUAAUCAAAAACUCUCCUCUGGUUUUCUCUACUUCUCAGACAAUUUCUAGGGUAGCUCCACCCCUCCCAUAUACACAAAUAUACACAAAUAUCCCCUUCCUAAACACUUACAAGCAUACACAUUUCCAUCCUGCUUUCCUCCUAACUUCAAGGAUGAAUAUUGAUGAUUUUUGCUAUAUUUAUUCCAUUGUGAUAUCUACCUCAUACUCAUGUUUCUCCAGACUCUUCUCUGAGUGAGUUGAAAGCUGCUGGACAGAAAUAAUGUAAUUAUACCAGCACCAUCACUUUUCUCUCCACUCUUUUAAUAUGCCUGUUGAUUCUGAGGCCUUAUUUUGUCUUCCUUUAUACAUAAUGUAUAGAGAGAGACACUAUUACCUGUUCCCAAGAUGGGAAGGGGAAAAAAAGGGGGAGGAGGGGAUUGUAAGCCUCUUUUUAAAUUUUAUCAAAGUAUUCUGUUUAUAUAGGCUUGUUGCCUGGGCAGAACGGUCAGGAAAGGAGUAGGAAAGGAAAUAGCACACUGGAGGCUGUACACACGUGAGAAUUGUGUACACUAAAAGAAGGGGUGGCAGCAUGGUCACACUAGUUAACAU